AUGGGUGCUUGGAUUUCCCACGAUCAUCCAUUGCAAUUCCAGCAACUUGAUCAUACGGAUAAUCAAUUUCAUUCACCUCCACAACAACAAAGUUUGAAUCAAUUUCAGCCUCAAGCUUUUCAACCACCAUAUCAUCAACAGUUUCAACAGCAAUUUGGUGGACAAGGUAGUCAACAGCAGUUUAAUCAGAUAAGACAGCAACCGCAGCAGCCACAACAACAGCAUCACCAACAUCAAUCGCAGCAGCAACAUCAAUCGCAGCAGCAACGUCAAUCGCAGCAGCAACCGCAACACACACUGUCUAAUCAACAAUCGCAACAACAGCAAGCUCAAUAUUCACAAGCAGGUCUACCUCAUCAACCAAAUAAUAGUAUACCUCAAUUACCUCAGGACUUCAGUUAUAUUCAGGGCAAUUCGGGUGUUCAAACCAUCAAUCAACAACAAUUAUCUGAACUAAUGUAUAACUCUUUUCUGUCACAUUUGGCUCAGAAACAAGUCUCUACUGCUCUAACGAGCGCUCUUGGGACUGCUUCUCAUAUCAACCCAGCUACAGCGGCAGCAGCUGCAGGUAAUACUUUUCUUAAUCAGCCUACUCAAAGAUAUUUCCACAAUAAUGUAAGCAAUUCAGCUACAAUGAUGGAUGCAACUCAUCCGGCUAUGAUGCAACCAUCUCAGGAAGUUCAGGUUCAAGCACCUCAACCAGUUGCCAAGAAAAUGUCAUCUACUCAAAGUAGAAUUGAGAAGAGGAAACAGCUGAAAAAGCAAGGCCCAAAGAGACCCUCUUCAGCAUAUUUCUUGUUCUCUAUGUCAAUAAGAAACGAUCUUUUGCAACAAUUUCCAGAAGCCAAGGUUCCUGAACUAUCUAAACUCGCCUCUGCCAAAUGGAAAGAACUGACUGAUGAUCAAAAGAAGCCAUACUAUGAAGAAUUCAGAGUAAAUUGGGGCAAAUAUAGGGUGUUAAGGGACGAAUAUGAAAAAACUUUACCACCCAAGAGACCUUCAGGCCCAUUCAUUCAGUUUACUCAAGAAGUUCGUCCAAUUGUUGUCAAGGAAAAUCCUGAUAAAAAUUUAAUUGAAGUAACAAAGAUGAUUGGUGAGAGAUGGCGUGGAUUGGAUCCUGAGAAAAAAGCAGAGUACACGGAAACUUACAAGAGGAGAUUGAAGGAAUGGGAAAGUUGUUACCCAGAAGAGACUAGUGAAAAAACUUCUAAGAAAAAAUAG